AUGGCGGCCGAACAGAGAAAGCUGCUCGAGCAGCUUAUGGGAGCGGACCAGCUCAUAGGGACUGGCGCCUCCUCUCGUAACGCUCAACUCUCCAUCACAGACUCCAAAGUCUGUCGCUCCUAUCUCGUGGGGACUUGUCCGCAUGAUCUCUUCACCAAUACCAAGCAGGAUCUCGGCCCCUGUCCUAAAGUUCACAGUGAAGGAUUGAAAACCGAGUACGAGACCGCUUCGGCGGCGGAGAAGGGGAAAUGGGGAUUCGAUUAUGACUAUAUGCGAGACAUGCAGAAAUACAUCGAUGACUGUGAUCGGAGAAUCGACACGGCACAACGUCGUUUGGAGAAGACUCCAGAUGAAAUCCGACAGACCAAUAACCUGUUGAAACAAAUCUCCGACUUGACGAAGACGAUCAAUUCCGGCCUGCUCGAGGUCUCGGUUCUGGGCGAAACCGGUUCCGUCGCGCAGUCGCUCAACGAAUUACACAAGAUCCGCACCGCCAAGCACCAGAAGGAGACGUGUGAGCGCGAAUUGAAGAACCUUCAAGAUACAUCUGGUCCGUCGGGUCAUCAGAAGCUUCAGGUCUGUGAUGUCUGUGGUGCGUAUCUGAGUCGACUCGAUAACGACCGUCGAUUGGCCGACCAUUUUUUCGGAAAGAUGCACAUGGGAUACUCGGACAUGCGUAAGACGUUCAAGAAGCUCAGCGAGGAGAUGAAGGGGCGACCGCCACCGGUUCGUCACCACGACGAUGACGACGGUGGUUGGGGUGGACGCUCCGGUGGUGGAAGAGGCCCCCGAUAUGGCGGUGGUGGAGGAUACAAAAAACGUGGCGGUCGGUGGUGA